AUGGGCAAGGGCUCCAGCAAGCCGCCAGGCACCAAGGUGCUGCCGCUGAUCCCGCUCGCGCCGCCGCUCGCGGUGCUGCCCGGCACCACAGUCAAGAUCCCCAUCACGAACCGGUCUGACGUGGCGGCCAUCCUCGCCAAGAUCUACAGCAUCAGCGCGACGGCGAGGCCCGACGCCGCCAUCACGGUGGCGUGCGUGCCGCUCAACUCCAAGGCGGUCAACCCCGUCGACGGGCGGCUGCUGGUCGCGGGCGGCGAGGGCGGCGACCCACGCGGCUACGAGAGCGACCCCGUGCAGGCGGCCAGACGGGACGUGUUCGGGUUCGGGUGCAUUGCAAAGGUCACGGGGGUGCAGGGCCGGCGGCAGGGCGACCUGAGCCUGGUCGUCGAGGGCCUCGAGCGCGUGCGCAUCGUCGACGUGGUGCAGGAGCGGCCGUACCUUGAGGGCGACCUGGCGCCCGUCGACGACUUCAUCGACGUGGCCGACGUCCAGCUCGAGGACCGCUUCGGCCGCCUCAAGCAGCUGUCGCGCGAGCUGCUCGCCCUCGUGCGCCUCUCGGCCAUGCUGCCGCGCAUGCCCGCCGUCACCCUGUCGCCCGUCGUCGCCCGCCGCCUCGAGCUGUACAUUGCACGCAAAGACGUGUCUGACGCCGGCGCCCUGGCCGACUUCAUGGCCAACAUUGUCGACUGCUCGCACGAGGAGAAGCUGCGCGUGCUGGCCGCCGUCGACGCCCGCGACCGCGUCGACCGCGUCAUCGAGAUCCUGCAGCGCCAGAUCACCAACAUCCAGAGCGCCACCCGCGUCGUCGUCACCGCCGCCCAGGGCCCCGCCACCGGCCUCGACCGCGACCAGCUGCGCCGCAUCCAGCAGCAGGCCCUGGUCCGGCGCGGCAGGUCCGGCGACGGCGCCCCGCCGGUCUUUGGCCCAGGCUUCCCCGGCGGCGGCGGCGGCAGCCAGCAGGGCGACGCCGACGAGCCGAACGAGCUGGACGAGCUGAAGACGCGCCUGCAGGCCGCCCGCCUGCCGCCCGACGCCGACAAGGUCGCCCAGCGCGAGCUGCAGCGCCUGCAGAAGAUGAACCCGGCCCAGGCCGAGUACCAGGUGUGCCGCAACUACCUCGAGAACCUGGCAGAGAUCCCGUGGUCCAACAUGACCGUCGACGUGCUCGAUGGCAGCACGCUGGCCAAGGCGCGCAAGCAGCUGGACGACGACCACUACGGGCUCGACAAGAUCAAGAAGAGGCUGCUGGAGUAUCUCGCCGUGCUCAAGCUCAAGGAGCAGGCCAACCGCAGCAUCGACGACCAGAUCCGCGCCCUGACCGAGAGCCCUGCAGCAGAGAGCGACCACCGCGAACCCGUCGAGCACAAGCAGCUGCAGCCCGCCAAGGAGCAGUCCGACGAGGAGAAGCAGCUGCUGGAGAAGAAGCGCAUGGUCGACAAGUCGCCCAUCCUGCUGCUCGUCGGCCCCCCCGGCGUUGGCAAGACGUCGCUGGCCAAGUCGGUCGCCACUGCGCUUGGCCGCAAGUUCCACCGCAUCUCGCUGGGCGGUGUGCGCGACGAGGCCGAGAUCCGCGGUCACCGUCGGACGUACGUCGCAGCCAUGCCUGGUCUCGUCGUCGGCGGCCUGAAGAAGGUCGGUGUCGCAAACCCCGUCUUCCUCCUCGACGAGAUCGACAAGCUCGCUGGGGCCAACCACAACGGCGACCCUAGCGCCGCCAUGCUCGAGGUUCUCGACCCAGAGCAGAACCACACCUUUACAGACCACUACGUCAACAUCCCCAUCGACCUCUCCAAGGUCCUCUUCAUCGCCACCGCAAACUCCCUCGACACCAUCCCCGCCCCGCUGCUCGACCGCAUGGAGACCAUCGAGCUGUCAGGCUACACAACCCUCGAGAAGCGCCACAUCGCCACCCGCCACCUGAUACCCAAGCAAAUCACCACCAACGGCCUGCGCCCGUCCGACCUCGAGAUGCCGACAGAUGUUCUCGACAAAAUCAUCACAGCCUACACGCGCGAAUCCGGCGUCCGCAAUCUCGAGCGCGAAAUCGGCUCCGUGUGCCGCAGCAAAGCAGUCGAGUACGCCACCUGCGCCGACACAGACACACUCGCCACUUACUCCCCGACCGUGACCCUCGCCGACCUCGACGCAACCCUCGGCAUCGAGAAAUUUGCCGAAGAGCUAACAGAGCAAUCCUCGCGCCCAGGCGUCAUCACAGGCCUCGUCGCCUACUCCUCCGGCGGCCAGGGCUCCAUCCUCUUCAUCGAGAUCCUCGACAUGCCCGGGUCCGGGCGCGUGCAGCUGACAGGCAAGCUGGGCGACGUGCUCAAGGAGAGCGUCGAAGUGGCGCUGACGUGGGUCAAGGCGCACGCGUUCGCGCUCGGGCUCGCGGACCAGGGCGCCGACAUCAUGAAGAAGCGCAGCAUCCACGUGCAUUGCCCGUCUGGCGCGAUCCCAAAGGACGGGCCCUCCGCGGGGCUCGCGCACACCGUCGCCCUCGUCAGCCUCUUCGCUGGCCUCCCUGUCCCACCCACCCUGGCCAUGACCGGCGAGGUCAGCUUGAGAGGCCGCGUCCUGCCUGUCGGCGGCAUCAAGGAGAAACUCAUCGGUGCGCUGCGCGCGGGUGUCGAGCGCGUCCUGCUUCCUGAGGCGAAUCGCAAGGAUGCGCGCGAGUUGCCCGACGAGGUCAAGGAGGGUCUGGAUAUCAAGUUUGUGUCGCAUAUUUGGGAGGCGCUGGGGCUUGUCUGGCCCGAGAGGUGGGAGGGCGCUGUGGGCGUUGACGAGAGCAGGCUGUAA